AGCAUGUACGAGCGGGCGGUAUUUAUUUUCGCCUCCAUUUGAUCAAUGUCGACGGUGUAACCAAGGCAACACCCCGCUCCACACAUAACUAAGCAAACUAUUCUGGACCCACCGACGUACUAAUCCCUUCAUUCACCUCACGUCUCUUUCCAUUCCUUUUAACAGCACUUCCUUUCGUUUCAUUAAUAAUCUUACAUUAACUAUCAUGCUUGUCUCUGCUAGUGCUGCUCUAACGGCUGCUGUUUUGUUAGCCCCUUCAACUCAAGCAGCUCCUGCUCCACCUAUCAAUCCUGAAGACGAUUCAUCAGAAAUUACAACAGAAGCCGGUGUCCAAGAUGACAUGGAAAAGGAAAUUAUCAACGAUCUUGCUGACGAGUGGGCUUCGACGGAUGAUAGUACCGAGAAAAAAGGCACGGACAACGAGGACGAAAUGCUACCACCGGAUGAACAGCAAGACCUCAACGCAAUGAGCGAAGAUGAUCUCACAACCACCAAUGACGACGACGAUAUUCUUAUGGGGAACGAGAAUGACGAAGAUAGCGUCUUCAUCACAACAGCAGAAGACGACACCAGCAUUAAUGCUGAUGAAGUACCCCUGGAGAAUGGCGCGGACGCCGGCAUUGAUGAACCUGUCGAUCCUCUGGUUGAUGAUAAUACAGCCAGCGUUGAAGGACAAUAUAACGACGCAUUGCUCGACACUGCAAAAGAAAACGGAAAAGAGAACGUCAGUACGUCCCUCGCUGAUGAAGAUUCACUGGUUACCGACGCUGAAGUACCGGCUGACGUUCCUGAAGAGCUAAUUCCUCAAGAAGAUUUGGAGCAGUCCGCUUUCGACGAAGUGACUGAAGAAACUAGUGACUCGAUAGAAUCGUUGGAAGAUCAGGAGCAAGAAGAACCUUUGCAUGAAGACGAAGAAGCCGUGGAUGACGAUCCUGUUGGCAGCGAGCUUACUGUCGACGCCCCGUGGGAUGAAAAAUCACAAGAGAAAGGAGCGACAGAUGCAGACCAAACCGAGCAAGUCAUCGAUAAUGGCGAGGAAACAUUCUUGCCAGAUGAUGGUGAUGAUUUUUUGGAUAACGACGUGGACCUUACUCUCACAAACGGUGCAGACAUGGAUAUUGCUUUGGAGACCGAAAAUGACCCGAAUCUCACAAAUGGAGUCGAUCUGGACACUGAUGUCGAUACUGAGAAUGAUUCAAAUCUCACCAACGGGAUCGAGUUGGAUGCCAUUGUCGACGAAUAUGAUCCAAGUCUGACAAAUGACGACGGUAUGGACUUGGAUGCAGCAACGGAGUACAAGGAGGAGCAUAUCAACGACGAAUCUACAAUCAUGAACGAAGAGAACUUGAACAUACCCCCAGUGGAUGAUGCUACUCCCAAUGUCGCCGACUAUACACCACAGGACGACAACCGGGAACAACAAGCUACCACCGACAACAAUAAACAAUCGCCACAAAAUGUUAACGAGCCUGACCUUACUUUGUCAGAGGAAAGCACGAUCACAGACAACAUAGACGGCACAACAUUGGACGAUUACCAGGUCGAUACUACUGUCCAAGAAAUCAAUGACACGCUUGAAAAGGCAUUGAACGAUGUACAACCUGAUUCUGCACUGCUACCAAAACAAGAACAGCAGCACCAACAACCGGAAUAUGAUCCGUUUGAAAAUGAGUUAGUGAAUGCAGCAAAUGAUCCAUCCCAAGGCGGGUUCUUCCCUAGCGAGAGCAACACUGCCACAGUGGGUGAUGACAAUGAUAGCUCUACAUUGAACAUCCUGCUGCUGCUUGCAUUCAUCGUACUUGUGUUGUUUAAGCUUCCAAAACUCAAAGUAAGACUUUGAAGUGUAAUGCCCUAUACUAUUGAUGUGAUACUAAGUUUAAUUUCUUUUCUAGCGCUGGCUUUCGUCGGAUGACCAAUCAUCCCUUCCGUAUCACAUAUUGCACAAGCGAACCAAGGACUAGUUAUUUAAUUACCAUUUCAUCACAUGUACAACAUCUUUGAAUGUCUUAUUAUAUACACAUAAUUAUAUUUUUUUGUAUAAUCGAAUAA